GGAGGAUCUGCGCAUGCUCAAUACGGUCACCCUUCUUCAUUCUCUCCCCGCCAAGUAUCACCUGUGUGUCAUUCUUGUAUCCCCUGUGUGUCCACCUUAACCAGUAAAAUGUACGCCUGCGUCAAGCUUAUGUCCAACCCAACUUUGGUGAGGAAUGGUGCUUGUCUUCUUUGCAGACCACUUUCCAGUACCGUGCUGAGCAGCCCUGUAUUCAAGACAGAGCAGUCUCAGGUGGUGGCACUGGUUCCAUCUCGAGGGAUCCAAACCAGUGCAGUGUGCCAGGACAUUGAUACUGCUGCUAAAUUCAUUGGCGCUGGAGCUGCCACUGUAGGUGUGGCUGGUUCUGGAGCUGGUAUUGGUACAGUAUUUGGAAGUCUCAUUAUUGGAUAUGCCAGGAACCCAUCCCUUAAACAGCAACUGUUCUCCUAUGCUAUCCUGGGUUUUGCACUUUCUGAAGCUAUGGGACUGUUCUGUCUCAUGGUUGCUUUCCUCAUCCUGUUCGCCAUGUGA